AUGUCGCCUAUGAUCACCAUUGAUUAUCAAGACCCAGCUCCAAAUUCGCCGACAGAGACCUGCGGAACCCAAGUCUCACGAUGGACACACCCGGUCUUUUGUCAUUUGGCCAUGGCCUUGGUGAUUGAUACAGAGAUGGUUUUGGAUUCGCUGGUAGAGCAAAGCACUGUGGGGAAGCCCGAGAGGAAAAAACUGGAAGAUCGUGGCUACAAGAGCAAGAAUACAAAUCAACAUCCUCGUCACAGGCCUCAUGUCGUCAAGUUCUUAUCAAGGGUGUCCCCAAUUGAUGAAAAGGAUUUGAAAGAUCUCAAACUCACAGAGGUCUGCUCCAAAAAGUCCCCUCCGAUCAACACCACCAGCAUCAACAACGGCAAGCCUACCAUCCAGACCAUCACUUCUCAAGACAAUAGCAAAGAUGAAGACUUGUGUCAACGCUCAAAGGCUGGGAACCAAAGCGAACCCAAGCAGCUCAAGACCUUGUUUAAUGGGACCUAUAAGCUGUGUACACUACGCUUGGGUGACAUCCAGGCGUGCCUUCGUCGAGCACCGAACCCUGAGGAUAUCAAACUUGUCUGGGAGAAACUCGAUGAGACUGUCACCGUCCUUACUGUGGCAUAUUCGACAGAGUUAGCACUAGCUAUGCUCAUUCUACAUUCACGUUACCCUCUAAUGUAG